AUGGUUUCCGUUCGUGCUCUCGUGGCCGCCGCCGCCUUCCUCGCUCCCGCUCUCGCUGCCGGCCUCACGACUCAGCAAAUCGUCACCGGCCUCAACGGUCUCAAUGAGAAGGCCAAGGAGAUCAAGAGCACUGCGACGCCCACGGACGGCACCACGCCCAAGAUUGCCGCUCUCGUGCUUACCGUCACCAGCUUCAACGCGGCGGUCAUCAAGUUCACCCAAAGUGCCGCCGAGUCCGCUCCCAUCCAGGACCAGGCCGCGGCCAACCAGGUGGCCGACGCCUACCACCAGUUGACCGGUGGCGACUACUUCACCACUAUCGGUCUCAUCCUUUACGACACCCGCGCCGUGGCGGCCCGCGACGACACUCCGUCUCCCGAGGCUGCGCUACCUAACUCACUCCAGGUUACUCGCAGCAGCGUGGGCCACCUGGGCCAAACGCUCGCUGGCGUCACCCCGCCCUCGGCGGACAAGAUCAACGCCGACACCCAGCACUUUCAGCAGACUGUCGACCAGGCCACUCACACUGGGAAGGCCCCCAACCCCAGCGUUUAA